GAAGUGCCCGCAGCGUCAGUCGUUCCUCCGCACGGCUCGGGGGCUCCGUGCUCCCUCCCGCGCGCCUGGCUUUGCAGCCACUUCUCGGGGCGUGCCAGGACUUCAGUCGGGGGCCAGGGCGGGGAACCCGGCGGCUCGAGAACUAGGGUGCGAGGACUGAGUGGUGGGCCGGGCCGGGCGGCCGCGGUAGCCGAGGGACCCGCCUCCCCACUCAGUGGAACCUUCGCUGGCAGCAGCGGGCAGCAGCGCUCGGCGGGCCGGGGCCGCUCGGCCGGGUCCUCCCCAGGUUCCCGGGCCCGGGGCCGGCGCACCAUGCGCCAAGCUGCGUUCUGAUAGCCGCCGCGCCGCCGCCGUCGCAGCCCCCGCCACCGCGAUGAUCCCCCCGGAGGCGCCGCAGCCGCAGCUGCAGCCCCCGCCGCCUCCAGCCCCUCCGAACCAUGUGGUGACCACCAUCGAAAACCUGCCUGCCGAGGGCGGCGGCGCCGGCGCCGGGAGCCUGUCCGCCUCCACCCGGUCUGGCGUGCGCCAGAGGAUCCGCAAAGUGCUGAACAGGGAGAUGUUAAUCUCUGUGGCUUUGGGCCAGGUAUUAUCCCUCCUUAUUUGUGGAAUUGGCUUGACCAGCAAGUACCUGUCAGAAGAUUUCCAUGCCAAUACUCCAGUCUUCCAGAGUUUCCUGAAUUACAUUCUCCUCUUCUUGGUCUAUACCACUACCCUAGCCGUCAGACAAGGAGAAGAAAACCUCUUGGCAAUUUUACGACGAAGAUGGUGGAAAUACAUGAUCCUGGGACUCAUAGACUUGGAAGCCAAUUACCUGGUGGUUAAGGCUUACCAGUACACAACUCUGACCAGUAUCCAGCUCCUGGACUGUUUCGUGAUUCCAGUGGUGAUUUUGCUCUCCUGGUUCUUUCUGCUGAUCCGGUACAAGGCUGUGCAUUUCAUCGGCAUCGUUGUCUGCAUCCUGGGCAUGGGCUGCAUGGUGGGAGCAGAUGUGCUGGUGGGAAGGCAUCAGGGAGCAGGAGAAAAUAAACUGGUAGGAGACCUUCUAGUUCUGGGAGGAGCCACACUCUAUGGCAUCUCCAACGUCUGGGAGGAAUACAUCAUCCGGACCUUGAGCCGAGUGGAGUUCCUAGGAAUGAUUGGUCUCUUUGGUGCAUUUUUCAGUGGAAUUCAACUGGCUAUAAUGGAGCACAAGGAGCUGUUAAAGGUGCCCUGGGAUUGGCAAAUAGGACUGCUCUAUGUUGGCUUUAGUGCCUGCAUGUUUGGUCUAUACAGCUUUAUGCCCAUUGUCAUAAAGAAAACCAGUGCCACUUCUGUCAAUCUCUCUCUGCUCACAGCAGACCUGUACAGCCUGUUCUGUGGACUGUUUCUCUUCCACUACAAGUUUUCAGGACUUUAUCUCCUGUCUUUCUUCACCAUCCUCAUUGGGCUGGUGCUCUACUCCUCCACCUCCACGUACAUAGCCCAGGACCCCAGGGUGUACAAGCAGUUCCGCAAUCCUUCAGGACCUGUUGUGGACUUACCAACCACAGCUCAGGUGGAGCCUUCAGUCACCUACACCAGCCUGGGCCAGGAGACCGAAGAGGAACCCCAUGUACGUGUGGCCUAGUAUGAAUCUUGCCCUGCCCACUGAGGAUAAAUCAGAGGCCCUAUGUUUGCCCAUCAUUUCUGUAUUGUACAUAGAGAAAGGUAUUUACUAGGUGCAGUUUACACAGGUGGACUGCAAGGUAGCAGAUGCUCUGAAAGUUCGAAAGAAGAACAAAGGAAAGCUCACUGGAGACGCAGGCUGUGAUCCCCCUAAGGGAGAGAGGCCUAGCUGGUGAUCACCAACCCCCACUCCCACAUCAGUUACUGUGAACAUUUUUGAAUCAAGAGCAAGUAUUUCUGUUGCUAGGUUUAUAUUAUUAUUGUUGCUGUUAUUAAACUUUCAGGAGGAGGUUUUGUACUCCUGGUAGGAAUUAUUGCCAGAUUCACACAUCAUCAGUAUAAAUUCCACUUUUUUAUGCUAAGUCACUUUUUAAGAAUUAUACCUUAUUAUUAUUAUUUUGUGGCACAGACUAUGCGAGUGAUACAUGCCACAGGAGCUCCACCCUUGAGAAGUGUCCUCAUCCUAGGGACCUGGUGUCUAUUGGUUUCCUUGGUUAGAUGUUGGACUGCCUGCUCAAUAAGUAUUUUGUGCUGUGUCCUUUGUGGGGAGGGGCAACUGACCAUAUAAUUCUCUAUUCUAGGAAUAGAUAUAAGACAAACAUUUUAGCCUUUUUUAUAUUUUAAUCUCUAAUUACUCUAGGCCAUUGCCUUUCUGUUGUGCCACGUGACUGCUAAUCAAGUCCCUGUAAUUACAGGAUAAGGACUGUUCCAUUUCUGUGGCUUAUGGGAAACCUCAGAAAUAACAUUGUUUGCAUUUAGGGUUAUCUAUGUUUUAAAUUUUAUGGCCCUCCCUGUAGCCUCUCCUCAAAGCAUCCUCCCCUUCCUUGAUUUUCUUACUGGUAAUAUAUAAAUUAAUCCAGGCACUGUAAAAAUCCUUCUCCUCUGUCAUGCUAAUUAUAUGAUACCUUUUUUAAAAAAUACAUCAGCACAGAAGUUGUCUUUACUGUGAAUUACCAUUGUACCAUUAUGCCACCUUCUCAAGUCAAAGUGCCAAUACUCUCAUAAUAGUUCAAAUGGUUCUGGUCACUUUGUACUGGUAAAAAAUGCCACCACUGGGAAUCUGGUAUUUGGGUUAUCUUUGAUAGCCACUCCAUUGCAAAAUAUAUUAACACAGCAUUCAUGAUCUGAUCCAUAUCUACCCCCCCCGCUUUAUCAUUAAAAAAACUCCACCAAAACACAGAAAAUUAAGAUCUCUAUAAUACAGAAUAGAUUCUGUGUCAGUCUAUGAAUUGCUUCUUAAGUUUGGAUGACUUCAAUAAUGUUUACGAAUUUCAGGGCAGUUGUGAUUUGUAUGCCUUAAACAAGCAAGUUGAAGCAAAACACAAGCAGGUUAUAAAAUAGGGGACAAAUCACAGAGGAGAGCCUGAGCAAGGCCUAAAGAUGACAGGCAAAGAAACCCCAUGCUGUUUGCCAGCUCUGGUGGGCUUUAUUGCUGGCCUUCUUCACAGAAUGAGUGGUCCUGUCCUAAAAGAAGAAAAACUAUCCUAUCUGAUAGGCAGAUUUCCUGGUCAAUUCAGCUUCCUUUAAAACAUGUUUUGUUUUAUGUGUGGAGGAAAAGUCAAUGCUAAAAUUACAUGAUAUCAAAAUAAACUUGCCAACAUCUGCUCUCUGCUACUUUUUAAACCAAUUAAAUACCUUUCUCUGAAUAUUUUGUCCAUUCAGACCUGAAGACCUUUAAAGACUGUAGUUUUGUUUUUGUGUUUACAUUCCUUUGGUUUGCAUAAUUUGCUUGAUUUAUUACAUUCCUAGUAUUUAUUUUAAGCCAAAUGGGUUUUUUGUCUUUUUUUAUUCAUUUUUAUGACACUACUUUGUAGUCAUUUAUGAGAAGCAAGUGGCUGAAACUAUUUCUAAGUCUACCCAAUGAGCUGGGAAUUCUUUUUUGUUUUGUUUUUGUUUUUU